GGAAAGGACAUUGUUUUGAAUGGCGCUUCCAGCACCGACCUUGGUGUGCUAUCGGGUGGCGCAAAGUUGGGCCCUUCGCGUCCAGUGGCCCGCCGACGACGCGCCCAUGGACUCGAUCGCGAUCGAUGUCACCGGCUUCUUCAGUCGCCCGCCGCCCGUCGAUGGUGCAUGUAUGGCCGACGACGUCGUGCUCGAGACGCACGAGAUCGAGAACCUCGAAGCGCAUCGCAGCGGACUUUCGUACGUGGUCGAAGUGCCACUCUCGUUGGCACCAUCCUAUCGCCGGCCGCUGGUCGGCUACGUCGUCCAGCUGCGCGCAGUGUCUCCUACUCCUUACAGUGGUCCUUGCUCCCAGUUCCUCCGGCGCAUCGAGAUCACCGUCGAUACGACCAAGGACGUCGUGUUUGCAGCGCGGCGCGCCGGUCUCCGCGCCCUCUUGGAGCUUCUGCAGCACUACGCUUUGGAUGUAUACGUGGCGAGUCGCUGUGCCAGCGCCAUUGUGCAUCUCUUGCGCCAUGGCGACGACGACGACGACAGCGGUAGCAGCGACGACGAGGCCGCGUCACGGGCGUCAAGCGACCUCCAUGACUACGACCUUGUGCUCGACACGUGGCAAGUGCUCGUACGACGCAUGGAGUCGUUCGUCGAGCACGUGGACCUUGAGCGCUGGGGCAUUCGCGCAGGAGAGGCGCUCUACGCGCGGCUUACGCUCCUCGCCCCCGACACUGCUGCGAGUACGGCACGCUACAGUCGACGGUGUCUGAUGCAAACGGUAGAUGAUCUGCAAGGAACCUUCGUGCGCUUCGUCACGGCGCUCAUCAAGGCCGUCGACCGCUUCGAGAGCCACCACGGACUUGUUACGAGCGCCUGCGAUGUGCUCGCGGCCCUCUUUGAGCACACGCGCAGUGUGCUUGUGAGCGUCGUCGGCGACCGCAGCGGCAUUGAAGCCAUCGUGGGUGCCAUGCGCUUGAACCGCGAGAACCUCGAGGUCUGCCGCGCCGGCGCCCAAGUCCUCCUGCUGUGUUGCUUCGUCGACGGUACGACGCAGAAGUAG